CAAGAAGAAGCACAAGGAGAAGAAAAGGAAAAGGGAAGAGGAUGCGGCAGAGCAGCUUGAUAUCGUUGGAAACUGGUGGGCUGUCAGUAAUUUUGGUGAAAUUACAGGAACAAUAGCUAUAGAAAUGGAUAAAGGAGCUUACAUUCAUGCCCUUGACAACGGCUUGUUUACGCUUGGAGCGCCGCAUAAAGAUGAUGAAGGCCCGAGUCCUCCUGAACAAUUUACAGCAGUGAAGUUGUCUGAUACAAGGAUUGCUCUGAAGUCUGGUUAUGGCAAAUACCUUGGUAUAAAUUCAGAUGGACUUGUUGUUGGACGUUCAGAUGCAAUCGGGUCAAGAGAGCAGUGGGAACCUGUCUUCCAAGAUAAGAAAAUGGCAUUACUAGCAGCAAAUAGCCGUUUUAUUAGAUGUAAUGAAGAGGGAGACAUAGAAGCGCAAAGCAAAACUGCAGGGGAAGAAGAAAUGAUAAAGAUUCGUACUUGUGCUGAAAGAGAAGCUAAGAAGAAAGAUGAUGUUCCACAAGAAGACAAAGGAAAUGUUAAACAGUGUGAAAUCAAUUAUGUAAAGAAAUUCCAAAGCUUUCAAGACAAAAAGCUUAAAAUAAGCAAAGAAGAUACAAAAGCCCUCCGAAAAGCUAGGAAAGAAGGCACUUUUCAUGAAAUGCUGCUUGACAGGAGAGCCAAAGUGAAAGCGGACAGAUACUGCAAGUGACAACCAGCUGGUCCGUUCUCUUCUGCAUCUUUGAUGAUAGUGUCAGAUUGAAAACAAGAGUAAAAUGUUUUAUAAUUCUUUUUUCAUUGAAGGCAUUUU